UUGGUGUUUUCUUUUCUUUCUGUUAUUCUUCCCUGGUUUCUCUCAGGUAUUCCUCUGACAACAACAAUGGCGGUCGAGAACGUGAUGAGACCCAAGACUAAGAUCGUCUGUACGUUGGGUCCUGCUUCUAGAUCCAUCCCCAUGAUCGAAAACCUUCUCCAGGCCGGUAUGAACGUCGCUCGCUUCAACUUCUCACAUGGAUCUCACGAGUAUCAUCAGGAAACCCUAGAGAAUCUCAAGACAGCCAUGGGAAACACUGGGAUUCUCUGUGCGGUUAUGUUGGACACUAAGGGGCCAGAAAUUCGUACUGGAUUUCUGAACGAUGGCAAGCCCAUCAAACUAGAGAAGGGUCAAGAGAUCACUGUCUCCACGGAUUAUAGCAUCAAGGGCGAUGAGAAUAUGAUCAGCAUGAGUUACAAAAAAUUAGCAGAGGAUUUGAACCCAGGAAGUGUGAUAUUGUGUGCUGAUGGCACAAUCACACUCACUGUCCUGUCUUGUGACAAGGAUCUGGGUUUGGUUCGAUGCCGCUGUGAGAAUACUGCUCUUCUUGGUGAGAGGAAAAAUGUAAAUCUCCCGGGGGUUAUUGUUGACCUCCCCACUCUUACUGAGAAAGAUACAGAGGACAUAAUGCAGUGGGGGAUUCCAAAUAAGAUUGACAUGAUUGCUUUAUCCUUUGUUCGCAAGGGUUCAGACCUUGUGGAGGUUCGAAAUCUACUGGGCGAGCACGCAAAGUCAAUCCUUCUCAUGUCAAAGGUUGAAAAUCAAGAAGGGGUGGCUAAUUUUGAUGAUAUAUUGGCCAAUUCGGAUGCUUUUAUGGUGGCACGAGGUGAUCUAGGAAUGGAAAUUCCUAUUGAGAAGAUAUUCUUAGCCCAGAAAGCUAUGAUCUACAAAUGCAACAUGCAAGGGAAGCCUGUAGUUACUGCUACUCAAAUGUUGGAGUCCAUGAUCAAGUCUCCACGGCCUACAAGAGCUGAAGCAACCGAUGUUGCUAAUGCAGUGCUUGAUGGCACAGAUUGUGUUAUGCUCAGUGGGGAAACAGCUGCUGGGGCUUAUCCUGAACUUGCUGUGCGAACCAUGGCCAAGAUUUGCAUAGAAGCUGAGUCCUCCAUUGAUUAUGGAGCAGUGUUUAAACGGGCUAUGGAAUCUGCACCAGUGCCCAUGAGCCCAUUGGAGAGCUUGGCAUCUUCAGCAGUGCGGGCAGCCAACUCUACAAAAGCAACUCUGAUUUUGGUUCUAACCAGAGGAGGCACCACUGCAAAGCUGGUGGCCAAGUACAGGCCUUCAAUGCCAAUAUUGUCUGUGGUGGUUCCUGAGAUGCAGACAGAUACUUUUGAUUGGACAGUCAGCGAUGAAUAUCCAGGAAGGCAUAGUCUUAUCUUCCGGGGGUUGGUUCCUGUUUUGACUGCAGGAUCUACAAGGGCAACUGAUGCGGAAUCAACAGAGGAAAUAUUAGACUUUGCCCUUAAACAUGCAAUGGGAAAGGGACUAUGCAAGGUUGGUGAUGCAGUAGUUGCAUUGCACCGAGUUGAGUCUUCUUCCAUAAUCAAGAUUGUGACUGUGAAGGGAUGAUUUUGAUUGCUGCCUUUCUUGGGACACGAGAUACGAGAGUUGUUCUUACACUGGUCUUUAUGUUUUGAGUAAUGUGAUUGUUUUGACAUAGUUUUGGUGAGAACCAGAACCGUGAUUAAAGCUUUUUAUUAGUUAUGGUGUUUGUGUGAAGUCGAACAACAGUGAUUUUGGAUUUUUUCAAGGCACAAGCACAAUUUUUGUGAGAA